AUGCGGAACGAAGAAGAAGAAGAAUUGGUGGCUGAAGUUGAAGCAGUGGAAGCCGUCUAUGGAACUGAUUGCGUCCUUCUCAGUUCAUUUCCUCCCCAUUUCCACCUCUCUCUCAAACCCAGAACCGCUGAUGUUUCCUCUCAACAGUUUGUAGAAGCUGUUCUGGAGAUACGAGCUACCUCACAGUAUCCAAAAGAACCACCUUCUAUUGAGAUUGUGGAUUGCAAGGGUCUGGAUGAACAGAGACAGAAGCAUCUAUUAAAUUACAUACAAAGUAAAGCCUAUGAGCUCUCCCCUUGUUUAAUGCUUGUAGCUCUCUGUGAGGAAACUGUUGAGAAACUUUCAGCUAUGAAUCAUCCUGAUGGUGAUUGUCCAUUGUGUUUAUUCCCUUUGGUCCUAGAAGAUCAGCAAAGUGAAACCCUGCCUUUUAUGAAGUUAAUGUCUUGCUUCCAUUGCUUUCACAGUGAAUGUAUCAUUAGAUGGUGGAAAUGGCUUCAAAGUUCUAAAGAAGCAGACUCUGCCAAUACAAAUAGUGCAGCUGCACAUCGUAAUCAAGGUUUAGACCUAGUCUGUACUGGAUGGGUGGAAUGUGGACUAGAUGAUGAAACAGGUAGAGGAACAGAUUCAGGAGAUGUAGACAUGGGACAUAUAGUAGGGAAAGAAGAUUCAGGAAGAGAGGAUGAGGACUGUGGAUUAAGAUUAGUAGAGAUCCAAGACUUUAACAAUACGACUUGUGGUAAUAAUGAGAAAAUGGAAGAGAGUGUCGGAAACUGUCCAGUCUGUCGCAAGCCUUUUCUUGCCAAGGAUUUGGACCAUGUGCUUGCCCUAGUUGGUUCAUAUUCUUCCCAAUUGGUGAUAGCCCUAUUUAGAACAUGGAUGACUUGCCGUAGGGCCAAUCCUUGCAAUCCGAUAGGGUUCUUUUUGCUCCUUGCAGUCAACAAUGUUUUCCUUUAUUGA